AUGCAAAUCUUCGUGAAGACUCUCACGGGGAAAACAAUCACCCUCGAGGUUGAAGCCUCGGACACAAUCGAGAAUGUGAAAGCUAAGAUUCAAGACAAGGAGGGAAUCCCACCAGAUCAGCAGCGUCUGAUCUUCGCCGGAAAACAACUCGAGGAUGGUCGCACACUUUCUGAUUACAAUAUCCAGAAGGAGUCUACCCUUCAUCUUGUGCUCCGCCUUCGAGGAGGUAUCAUCGAGCCCUCCCUUCGUCAGCUAGCCCAGAAGUACAACUGUGACAAGCAGAUUUGCCGAAAGUGCUACGCUCGCCUGCCACCUCGUGCUUCGAACUGCAGAAAGAAGAAGUGCGGUCACUCAAAUGACCUUCGCAUCAAGAAGAAGCUGAAGUAA